GGGCGGGAUAGAGGUUGCGAGGCGGCCCGACUGAGGCCCGGCGGUGGCGGCGGCGGCGGCGGCUUCGCUGCUGCUGCUGCUCCUCCUCUUCCCGCUGCCUGAGGAGGCAGACGGAGGCCUUCGAGAGGGUACUUGUAAUACAAGCCCAUCCAUGAGUCAAGCUUCCUUUUUUUAAAGUCAUGGAUGACAAGGCCUCUGUUGGAAAAAUCAGUGUGUCUUCAGACUCGGUAUCCACUCUUAACAGCGAAGAUUUUGUCUUGAUUUCCAGGCAAGGGGAUGAAACACCAUCCACCAAUAAUGGUAGUGAUGAUGAAAAGACAGGGCUGAAGAUUAUAGGGAAUGGGAGUGAGCAGCAACUGCAGAAAGAGCUUGAAGACGUCCUAAUGGAUCCCCCCAUGGAAGACCAAUCAAAUGACCGAGAACAUGAGGAGGAGGACAGCCAUCAUGAUGGAGGAGAGGGAGAUGAGCCAGUCCUCCUCGAGGCUUCUGCAUCCUCCACAAUUAACCCUGUGUCUGUGGCAGGACCCCAGAAACCUGAUAUGAGCUUGCCAGUGAAGCCAGCGCAGGGAGAUUCCGAGGAGUCGAGUCCUUUUACUCCGGUUGCUGAUGAGGACAGCGUUGUCUUCAGCAAGCUCACUUACUUGGGCUGUGCCUCGGUCAAUGCUCCCAGGAGCGAGGUGGAGGCCCUGAGGAUGAUGUCCAUCUUGCGAAGCCAGUGUGAGAUUUCUGUGGACGUGACUCUUUCGGUUCCUAAUGUGUCGGAGGGAACUGUGAGGCUGCUAGAACCCCCAACGAACACCGAAAUAGCCAACUACCCCAUUUACAAGAUCCUGUUCUGUGUGCGGGGGCACGACGGGACUCCAGAAAGCGACUGCUUCGCUUUCACUGAAAGCCAUUACAACUCAGAGCUCUUCAGAAUUCAUGUCUUCCGGUGUGAAAUCCAAGAAGCUGUGAGUCGGAUCCUGUACAGUUUUGCCACCGCCUUCCGCCGCUCUGCCAAACAAACCCCGCUUGCUGUCCCCUGUGCCCCGCAGACGCCAGACAGUGACAUCUUUACUUUCUCCGUUUCUCUGGAAAUAAAAGAAGAUGAUGGGAAAGGAUAUUUCAGUGCUGUCCCCAAGGACAAGGACCGGCAGUGCUUUAAACUGCGCCAAGGCAUUGACAAGAAGAUCGUCAUUUACGUACAACAGACAACCAACAAAGAACUGGCAAUUGAAAGGUGUUUUGGCCUCCUCCUUAGCCCUGGGAAGGAUGUGCAGAGUGGCAAUAUGUACCUGUUGGAUCUGGAGUCUAUGGGCAAAAGUUCUGAUGGGAAGUCCUAUGUCAUCACCGGGAGCUGGAACACAAAGUCUCCACACUUCCAUAAACUGAAUGAAGAAACACCGAAAGACAAAGUGCUGUUCCUGACCACGGCUGUCGACUUGGUGAUCACUGAGGUGCAGGAGCCUGUGCGGUUCCUGCUGGAGACCAAAGUCCGUGUGUGCCCUGCCAGCGAGAGGCUCUUCUGGCCUUUCAGCAAGCGGAGCUCCACAGAGAACUUCUUCCUGAAGCUGAAGCAGAUAAAGCAGAAGGACCGAAAGAACAGCACAGACACACUCUAUGAAGUCAUAUGCUUGGAGAGUGAGUCAGAAAGGGAGAGGAGAAAAACCACCGCCAGCCCAGUGCUCCGCCUGCCGCAGUCCGGAUCUCAGGGCUCCAUGAUACCAUCCCCACCAGAGGAUGAUGAAGAGGAAGAUAACGACGAGCCUCUCCUGAGUGGUUCUGGAGACGUUUCCAAAGAAUGUGCAGAGAAAAUCCUUGAGACAUGGGGAGACCUCUUGUCCAAAUGGCACUUGAAUCUGAGUGUGCGACCAAAAACCUUGUCCACGUUGGUGAGAAGUGGAGUCCCUGAAGCUCUCAGGGGGGAGGUUUGGCAGCUGCUUGCGGGAUGUCACAACAACGACCACCUGGUGGAGAAGUACCGGAUCCUCAUCACAAAGGAGUCUCCCCAGGACAGUGCCAUUACACGUGACAUCAACCGGACGUUCCCUGCCCAUGACUACUUCAAGGACACUGGGGGCGAUGGCCAGGACUCCCUGUACAAAAUAUGCAAGGCCUAUUCUGUUUACGAUGAAGAGAUUGGCUACUGCCAGGGCCAGUCAUUCCUUGCUGCUGUGCUGCUUCUACAUAUGCCUGAAGAACAGGCGUUUAGUGUUCUGGUCAAAAUCAUGUUUGACUACGGACUCAGGGAGCUUUUCAAACAGAAUUUUGAAGAUUUACACUGCAAGUUUUAUCAGUUGGAGCGACUCAUGCAGGAGUACAUUCCUGACCUCUACAACCACUUCCUGGACAUCAGCCUUGAAGCACACAUGUAUGCAUCCCAAUGGUUCCUCACACUGUUCACAGCAAAAUUCCCUCUUUAUAUGGUCUUCCACAUCAUCGACCUGCUGCUUUGUGAGGGCAUCAGUGUUAUAUUCAAUGUUGCCCUUGGGCUGUUAAAAACAACUAGGGACGACUUGCUGCUGACUGACUUUGAAGGUGCUCUGAAGUUUUUCCGUGUGCAGCUGCCCAAGCGGUAUCGUUCUGAGGAGAAUGCCAAGAGGCUGAUGGAGUUGGCUUGCAGCAUGAAGAUUAGCCAAAAGAAGCUGAAGAAAUAUGAACGGGAGUACCAUGCCAUGAGAGAGCAGCAGGCUCAGCAGGAAGACCCCAUAGAAAGAUUUGAGCGAGACAAUCGGCGCCUGCAGGAAGCGAACAUGAGGCUGGAGCAGGAGAAUGAUGACCUGGCCCACGAACUGGUGACAAGCAAGAUCGCCCUGAGGAAGGACUUGGACAAUGCAGAGGAGAAGGCGGAUGCCUUGAACAAGGAGCUGCUGAUGACCAAGCAAAAGCUGAUAGAUUCUGAAGAUGAAAAGAGGCGGCUGGAGGAGGAGUCGGCUCAGCUGAAGGAGAUGUGUCGCCGGGAACUGGACAAGGCAGAGUCAGAGAUCAAGAAGAACAGUUCCAUCAUUGGAGACUACAAGCAGAUCUGCUCCCAACUGAGCGAGAGACUGGAGAAGCAGCAGACAGCAAAUAAAGCUGAGAUUGAGAAGAUUCGGCAAAAGGUUGACGACUGUGAGCGCUGCCGGGAGUUCUUCAACAAGGAGGGGCGGGUGAAGGUGGCCAGCGUUGCCCGGGAGGGCUCUGAGGAGGACACGGAUGAGGAGAAGGAGGCGCUGAAGAACCAGCUGCGAGAGAUGGAGCUGGAGCUAGCCCAGACCAAGCUGCAGCUGGUGGAGGCAGAGUGUAAGAUCCAGGAUCUGGAGCACGACUUGGGGCAGGCACUGAAUGAGGUGCAGGCCUCCCGGAAGACCUGGUUCAACCGAACACUGAGCUCCAUAAAGACAGUGACAGGUGUUCAAGGGAAAGAGACGUGCUGAAGGGGCGGCCUCCUCCCAUGGCCCAUGUUCCCCUUGGGACAGCUUCUGCCUUCCGUUGCUGCCUCGGCCAGAUGCCGAGGCCGCUGCCAUGUGGGAGAGAGAGGACCAGAAUGUACAUAGACUCUAGAAACACACAGCGCAUGUUGGGGCUUUCCGCAGGUCAGUGGCCCAAGCCCUCUGCGAGGUUACCGUUGCGAGGCUCAGCGCAGGAUCUUCAUACUACUGAUUAUUUAACCAGGGGGUGUAGCUGUAGACUGGAUGCUCUUUUCAGAGGGGCAGGGAGGGGGACACACACAUACACACACACACACACACAAAAAACACUCCAUUCUACAGUCUGGCUGGAGGCAUUUCGCAGCUCCAGGUACGAGAAUUUACCAAAACCUCAGACUUACUAAGUUUACAGAUACAAGAGCUUUUUUUUAUAUACCAGUUAUAACUCUUUAAAAGAACAAAAGGGAAAAAAAUACUAUUUCCAAGAAGUUACUCCAGUGCCAGAGACCAGAUUCCCCCCACCCUCCCCUGCCUGAGGUAAUGGGGGGAGAAGCAUUUGCAUGCUUACCUUUUGGAGCAGGUUCCCCCCACACACACACACACAAGGGUGUGAACAUACCUCCCUGUGUCUCUUCCUUUGUCCACCAUUUAGUUAUUGUGUCACUAAUCAAUUCUAUGCAAGUGGGUUGGAGGAGGGGAAGUGUCCUCCUUGUCUUUCCUUUUCAAAGUAUCUAUCGCUAUUGGAGUCCUCCUUGUCUCCGAGCUAUUUAACUUCUACCGUGGUCCGUUCCACACAUGGUUCAUCUCCCAGAGCCAUAUAUAACACAUACCUGUAUCAUUUCAGUGGGCAGGACCUCUGGACUGAGUUAAGCUGAACUCAUUGGGCCCCAAUGAAGUCUGUGAGGCUUUUAACUCGCACCUAACUUUGUCUCGUUGACUUGGGUGGAAUCUUUCGUUCCUACUUAACUUAGUCUGGAUCCAGCCCAUUUGUGAACCAGAAGCUUCAUACUUGUAACUUAACAAGCAUUAAGACUGUCUGUUUGAACCAGCCUCCCUUGCACUUUUUGGAGAGCUGCUCUGCCUCUGCGGGAGCUUUCAUCCUUUAUCCUUUAUGGUUUUGCACAUGGAUGGGAAGAGGAGGGACCACUGCACUGGCUGCGCUGUCGCUGUGUGCAAUGUUUUGCCAUCUUUGCAUGGGCCUCUCCCAGGCAGAGGCGGCUGGUGGCUCCGGUGGCUGGGUCGGUUUUCCUUGUUCGUGUACACCGUUCCCGCUGCCAUCACCCCCCUUUCUUUUCCCUCCACGCUUCCUGUAACUACACCAGUAGGUCCUAGGUCUGCUUGGAUUUCUGAGCGCUUAGACUACCCCAAAACGUCUCACCAGAAAAGCUGUAGAAUGGAGGUUUUGCACCUUUGUAAUUUCUUCUUUUUUUAAUUUAUACUGGUUUGUGCUACGCUGAAAUGAAAUAGCUAUUGUAUCAGCGGAUAAACUUUUCUUGUGUGCAGCGUGUUUUGAGUAUAAGCUGGUUACAAUAAGAGGCACUGGUUUGUAUAUAAAGAUAAUUUGUAUUUCUACGUUCUUUUUUUUGUUGUUGACCAGACUAAUGCUAGCUAAAGCAGCCUGAGACUACAAGAGGCAAAAAGGCCCUGCGGUGCCCAGGUGUUUCUCUUCCCCUUAAAACUGUGUACAUGAAUAUCUCGUAUUGUUUUAAUUAUACCAAAAAAUAACUGUAACUCCAUCAUUAAUAGAUGUGUGGACAUUGUAGUAGAAGAGUAGUUUGCAGAGUAUAGAUCUUUUAAUUGAUAUAUAAACUAGUAAAAUUGUA